AUGCGCCGCCUCUUGGGGUGCCUGCUGCUCGGCGGCCUCCUCGCCGGAGCCCAGCUGGAUUCCGGUGGCACCGUUACUGUGGAGGAGCAGAUUGUCCUCGUGCUGAGAGCUAAAGCAGAGUGUGAACUCAACAUCACAGCUCAGCUCCAGGAAGGAGAGGGAAAUUGUUUUCCAGAAUGGGAUGGACUCAUUUGUUGGCCCAGAGGAACAGUGGGGAAAAUAUUGGCUGUCCCCUGCCCUCCUUAUAUUUAUGACUUCAAUCAUAAAGGAGUGGCUUUGCGACGCUGUAACCCCAAUGGAACGUGGGAUUUUAUACACAGUUUAAAUAAAACCUGGGCUAAUUAUUCAGAUUGUCUUCACUUUCUUCAGCCAGAUGUCAGCCUAGGGAAGCAAGAAUUCUUUGAACGCCUGUAUGUCAUGUACACUGUGGGCUAUUCCAUCUCCUUUGGCUCCCUGGUUGUGGCUAUUCUCAUUAUUGGUUACUUCAGGCGAUUGCAUUGCACUAGGAACUAUAUCCACCUGCACUUAUUUGCAUCUUUCAUGCUGAGAGCUGCAAGCAUCUUCAUCAAGGACAGAGUGGUCCAUGCUCACAUGGGGGUCAAGGAGCUGCAGUCACUGAUGAUGCAGGAUGACCUACAGAAUUUCAUGGAUGCACCUUCCAUGGGCAAAUCACAAUAUAUUGGGUGCAAGAUUGCUGUUGUGCUGUUUAUUUACUUCUUGGCUACAAACUACUAUUGGAUCUUGGUGGAAGGUCUCUACCUGCACAGUCUAAUCUUUGUGGCUUUCUUUUCCGACACCAAAUACCUAUGGGGCUUCACCUUGAUAGGCUGGGGGUUCCCCGCAGUGUUUGUUGCAGGCUGGGCUGUGGCGCGAGCAACCAUGGCUGAUGCAAGGUGCUGGGAACUUAGUGCUGGAGACAUGAAGUGGAUUUACCAAGCCCCUAUCUUAGCAGCCAUCGGACUGAAUUUUAUUCUGUUUCUGAAUACGGUUAGAGUUCUGGCUACCAAAAUUCGGGAGACCAAUGCAGUUGGGCAUGACACAAGAAAGCAAUACAGGAAACUCGCCAAAUCCACGCUGGUGCUGGUGCUGGUCUUCGGGGUGCAUUACAUCGUGUUCGUGUGCCUGCCCCACUCCUUCUCGGGGCUCGGGUGGGAGAUCCGGAUGCACUGUGAGCUCUUCUUCAACUCCUUCCAGGGCUUUUUCGUGUCCAUCAUCUACUGCUACUGCAAUGGCGAGGUGCAGUCUGAGGUGAAGAAGAUGUGGAGCCGGUGGAAUCUCUCCAUCGACUGGAAACGGACGCCCCCCUGCGGCGGCCACAGGUACGGCUCCGUGCUCACCACCAUGACGCCCAGCACCAGCAGCCACUCGCAGAUGGCGGCCAGCACUCGCAUGGUCCUCCUCUCGGGCAAAGCCACCAAGAGGGCCAGCCAGCAGCCCGACAGCCACAUGACUUUACCCGGCUAUGUCCGCAGUAACUCAGAGCAGGACUGCCAGCAACAGCACUUGACGCAUGAGGAGACCAAGGAAGGUAAUGGGAGGCAGGGAGAGGAGACUCCAGUAGAGGUGUCUUCCAGGCCAGUGGAAGGUACCCCAGACCCUGAAGGAAUUAAAGGAGAACUGGAGGAUGUUCUCUGA